CCAGCUUCAAGCAGUAUGGCAAAGGCGACAGGAGAGAAGCCUGGUGUGCAUGGCAGGGAGAGCAGCACGCUCUUCUGGGUUAUGUUUAAAAAAAUAAGUGAAUUUAGGAAUUUGUUAUUAGGUUUGUCAAAAGGCAUUUGUCAAGGCGUCAUGAAACAGGCUUUCCCCUCCAGCCGGGUUUCUGUGUACAGCAUACCAGCUCCGUACGACUCUGAGCAGACUGCAGGGCAGGAAAGUCCAAAUAUUCACUACUGCCCAUCCUACCAAGAAGGCUUGUGUCAGAAGUACUGUUUCUUCAAAUGGAUGAGGUUGUGUUUCUGGAGAAGAUGGCUUCUAGGAGUAUUACCUAUAGUUUCUUUAGCAGUUACAGUAACCGUGCUAGUCCUGCACUAUUCAUUCUCUCCAGCUUUCUGUUUUAUUUAUAUUGGAGGAAGUGUAGAAAUUCCUAAUUUGACUUAUACAAAUGACUUCAAUGAUCCCAAGUCACAGAAAUUCCUCCUGCAAGCAGAAGCAAUCGAAAAUUACUUUGCAGAAACAUAUCAGUCUUCGUCCUUGGGAAAGUACUACCUGAAGUCUGUAGUGGCUGCUUUCAGUGAAGGAGAGUCUGGACUUCGAGCUUACUACUGGAAUACAUUCUGGGCACCACAAGAUAUGGUUGCUUCUCUUAAAAAAUUAACCUCAGUGGAACAGAAAGGAAUCAGUAGUAAACAAGCAGCUCAUAUGUUCAGUUCUUCUGGGGAGGAAAAUUUUGAUCUUGUUGCAAUAGAGCUUUUUGUUUCAGAUUCAACAGAAUAUGAUGUGAUGCUAAAAUCAGCGGUAUCCUUUGACCUGUAUGCCAAGCCAGGUGACAACAGGACUUUAACUCUGAUGAAUCCCAAAAAGACUUUUUAUCAAUGGAGGCUGCGAGUUCCUUCUAACUAUGUGGUGAGACUGGUAGUUAUCACUGUGCAUGGUGUCACCCCAGAAAGCUGUGCAUCACACCACCUGUCAGCAUAUGAUUUCCUUCUUCCUCUGCAGAACAAGAUCAUUACAAGGUGGUGUGGACCUGGGGCCUGGAUUCCUCCUGUGGUACGUUUAACUUCAUCAAGUAAUGUGAUGUUGCUUACCUUCUCACUGGACCGAAGAGAAGAAAGCAGCAUAUUAAAAGCUCAUUUUCAAGCCAUUCCUAAAAUCAUGUGUGGUGGUCAUUUUAUCUCCUGGAACGGGACACUGAGUUCCCCUUAUUACCCAAGUUACUACCCACCAAACAUUGACUGCAGCUGGAUCAUCAGAGCACCAUUGCCUGGUUACAAGCUCUCAUUAAAAAUCCUUAUAAUACAAAUCCAAGAGAAGUCUCCAGGGUCCAGUAAAUGUGAUAAAGACUGGUUAGAAAUCGAUGGGGUUAGAUACUGUAAAGCUCUUUCAGAAAACAACAGAAACAGAGAAUAUGGCUAUUCUGUUGCCAUCAGCUUCCAUUCCGAUGAACUGGUCACCCACAGAGGCUUUUAUAUUGAAUACAAAGCCUUCAGUCACGCAGACCGCUGUAAUCCAGAACAGCUGAACUGUGGUGAUGGGAAGUGUAAGCAGCAGCAUAAGGCUUGCAAAGAUGAUGACAGCUGUGGGGAAGACAGUGAUGAGAAUGACUGCUCCUACAGAAGCUGCUCCCCUUAUGCGUACAAAUGCCUCAAUGGAAAAUGCUUGCUGAAACCAAAUCCUGAGUGUGAUGGGAAAAGAGACUGUGCAGAUGGAUCUGAUGAAAUGAACUGCGCUUGUGGAAGACACCAGCUUAAGAAAAAUAGAAUUGUUGGAGGUGAAGAUGCAAGAUCUGGAAAGUGGCCUUGGCAAGCAAGUUUACAGAUGGGAGCACAUGGCCACGUAUGUGGCGCAUCCGUUAUUUCCAAUAGGUGGCUUGUAUCCGCUGCCCAUUGCUUCCUGGAUUCUGGUUCGGUGAGAUACUCCGUUCCUUCGGGAUGGAGAGCAUAUAUGGGCUUACAUACUAUUAAUGAAAGGAGCAAUCGUGUAACUAUGAGAUCAAUCAAAAGGAUUAUCGUCCACCCGCAGUAUGACCAAUCUAUCUCAGACUAUGACAUUGCCCUGCUGGAAAUGGAAAUGCCUGUGUUCUUCAGUGAGCUGGUACAGCCCAUUUGUUUACCCAGCACCUCUAGAGUAUUUGUUUAUGGAACUGUCUGCUAUGUAACUGGCUGGGGAGCCAUAAAAGAAAAUAGUCAUCUUGCCAAAACAUUGCAGGAAGCUCGAGUGAGAAUCAUUAACCAAAGUGUUUGCAACAAGCUGUAUGACGAUCUUAUCACAUCGCGAAUGCUGUGUGCUGGAAAUCUUAACGGUGGUGUUGAUGCAUGCCAGGGAGAUUCUGGAGGUCCCUUGGCCUGCACAGGAAAGGGAAACAGAUGGUACCUUGCUGGCAUUGUAAGCUGGGGUGAAGGAUGUGCCCGGCGCAAUCGUCCUGGUGUUUACACGAAGGUGAUGGCACUUUAUGACUGGAUUCGUCAGAACACAAACUGAUGUGCCAAGCAGAAAACACAGAUCAUCUCACUUGUGAAAGCUGUUUCCUACAGUAGUCUAUCAUCUUCAUCUCUGCUGAUAUAACAUGAAAAUGCCAUUGCCUGUUUCUUUGUGAAGGAAUGCACCUUCUUAGUGAAGAAACUAUCACUGGAUUCAUCUUCCUUAUCCCCAGCAGCAGAAACAGCACUGUCUUAAAACUAAAUCAAAUGGAUUAGGCAAAAACCCAGCCAAACCUCUCUUCUGCAAGUCUUCUCCCUUCCUUCCAUCUCCCUUGCUAUCUGUAUAUCUAUAUACAUUUUCACAUACGCAUAUCUGGCUAUUCAUGGCCAUUAUACUCUGUUCAUAAUACUACCUUAGUGAUGUUACAGGAUUCUAAACAUAAAUAACUAUUUCAUGUUUCUUGAAUAUACAAAUAGUAUAAGCGGUAUAGACUAAAAAGCUGAGAUUAAUUCCCUCUCUGAUUAUGUUGCCACUGAACAACUGUUCCUUUGUGGACUGUAACUUUCGGGCUGUCUCCUGUGUUUUCCUAAAAACACUAGUUACACAACUUGCAGAUGUUAGGGUGCAAGAAAUUUUCAUUAAAUAACUGGAAGCGCAUCAUUUAGGUUCUUUGGGAUUAUGUUUAAAUAAGAGGGAAGAAAUACUCAGUUUUAAGGAAUUAAAAGGAAACUGUAGUGCUUUCUUACAUUCUCUUUACAGUUUGAGCAUAACUGUAGGGUUUGGAGUAUGUUACAAGUAUAUUUCUGCAGCUCUGGCUCUGGCACACUUUGUGAAUUUUUAACAUGCUCCUGGUUUUGCACUGGUUUUCCUUAUGUCUUUGGUCUGCAGCAAGCAGAGUUUCAGGGUCAGGAUUUAUUUUUUUUUAUCUGUCCAUGGGUCAUGCUACACUGAAAGGAACAUAAAAGGAAAAGGGACUUAUGUGGUGGGAUGUGUCCUUGGACUCAAAGAAAGUAGAAGAUGAAAUGACAGCCAUACUACUUUAACCCUAGCAGUAAGUCUAGCUUUGAUAAUUAGAAUCUCCUGAUGAGAUAGUCAGCCCAAAUCUAGAUGGUUUAAGGUUUCCAGAGCUGUUUAUGGGACUUAAGAAUGCUGGUGUUCAGUUUAAUAAAAGAUCUGUCUAGAUGGUCUUAAAAUUGUGCUCAGUAUUUGUAAGUGUUUAGCUUUCACUUUUAGUUUACAUUAAAAAAAUAACACAAAAACCCAUAACCAACCAAAACCAAAACUGGCAAUUUGAAUACUAGUCAUUGCUGUCCACACAGCACACGUUUUUGUUCUACAGUACAGAAAAAUGUGAUUUGUGUGGGGAAAACACUGGAAUGAGCUAGCGCUGUAAUCUGCAUGCAGUGAGAUUCCUGUGUCUAACACUGAUUUUCCUUCCUUUCUUGCACUGGUGUUGGGCAUUUCCCUCCCCACGAUGCUUGUGUCAAACGCUACAUAAGCUAUACUCAAAGCCUGUAUUUUAGGGGGUUUAGUAUCUUUAAUGGCUAGUCAGUCAUUCACAUCUUCCUUUUUAAUAAACACGUACUAAAAAUGCAAGUGGCUAUG